AUGAAAAUGAAAAACGUGUUUAAAAUAAAUAAAAAAUACACUGUUAACAUCAGUCGGGAUGAAAAAGAAAUUUACGAAGACGAUUAUAUCGUAAAAUCCAUAGGGGAAUGCGGUCUCUUUCAGAUAUCUGUAUGUAGUAUUGUCACCAUGACAAGAUUCAUUGGCAUAUGGAAUUGUCUAUCAGUACUAUUCCUGAUUCCGGCGCAAAGCUUUAGAUGUAUUCAUUUUAAAGAGAACGGGACUAUACACCCUGAAAACUUCACAUGCUAUUCAGAUUGUAUCGAAUAUGAAUAUUCUCAAGAAAUAUUUGAAGAAACAGUCAUAUCUAAGUUCAAUUUGAUUUGUGACAGAGCUUGGCUAGCGAAUUUUACACAGACUGCUUUAAUGUUUGGUGUUUUGGCUGGAGUGUCUACGUUUUGCUGGAUGUCUGACAGAUUUGGACGUGGGAAAGCUAUUUUUUUAGCAGGGCUAACAAACAUAGCCUUUAUGAUCGCUAUUAUAUUUUCAACAAAUUAUUUUAUGUUUCUUUGCUUUCGAUUUGGCAUCGGCGUCGGUUCAGGUGGCUUUUUGGGUCUAUCGUCGAUAAUAAUAGCGGAAACCGUAGGAGCGAGCUAUAGGGAGAUGGGGGUCAGCUUAGGAUUAGUACCGGAUGGCUUCGCUCAAGCAUCAUUGGCUGCGUUUGCAUAUUAUUCGUCUACUUGGAAAAUGUAUCUGUUUGGAUUCACAGUUGUUAGCAUUUUGAUAGUGGUACUGCUGUUCUUCGUACCCGAAUCACCGAGGUGGUUGGUGGCUAAUGGAAAAUCCGAUGCAGCCAUUGAGGUGUUGACAAAAGCUGCAAAAAUAAACAAACGGAGUCCAACGGAAAUCGAAAAUAUUGUUGCACAACGCAUUUCUGAAAUAAAAAUCAAGGAAAGCGAUGCACAAUAUCAUACGUACUUCGAUUUGUUCCGAACCAAAGAACUAGCCGUGAUCACAGUGUCUUCAAUUAUUUCGUUAUUUGUGUCGGGGAUUUCGUUUUUUGGAAUCAAUGAGUACAUUUCCCGUCUUGGUUCCAGUUUGAAUAUUUAUUUAAUUGUGAUGAUCAUGGGAUUGGGAGUGACACCAACAGUUCCAAUGUCAAUGGUGAUCGCCAAAAGGUGCAAUAGAAGAUCUUCGUCAGCAAUCUCUUUGCUUAUUACCGCUAUAGCAAUGGGCCUUCUGAUAUUCGUGCCAGCCGACACUUGGUACUCAAUCUUGCUCGGAGUUAUAGCAGUUGCUGCAUCGUGUGUUACAUUCUCCAUCCAAUUUACCUUCGUUACAGAACUGUAUCCAACAUCUAUGAGAAGUAUGGGUUUCGGUUUGAACACAGGGGGGACGAAGUUGGGGGCCAUGAUGGCGCCUUUUGUGGCGAGCUCUAAGCCUUUUUGGGUGGCCCCGUUGAUCUUCUGUAUCCUACCCAUCAUAGCCAUUGUAUUCACAUUGAUAUUACCCGAGACCAAGGGCAAGAAAUUGAAGGACACUUUAAAGGAGUGA